AUGUAUACAUAUAUCUCCCUUGCCGUGUCUGUGUUUAUAAAUACCAGUUGUAGGAUCCAUUUGGUUUGAGCGUGCCAUGGAUUCUAGUCUCUACUUCACUGUGAUUUUUCUGAUUGUGUCCCUCACUCUCUACUAUAUUUUGGGUAGAAGGAGGCCUAAGAGUGGUGGGAAGAACAAGAAAUUAGCUCCCGAACCCAAUGGCGGAUUACCGAUCAUCGGCCAUCUCAACCUACUUGGGGGAGAUGAGGUCCUUCAUCGAAAACUUGGGAGAAUGGCCGAUAAGUACGGGCCGGCUUUUACACUCCGUCUGGGGCAUCGCCCUAUUGUUGUGUUAAGCCGGUGGGAAGAAGCCAAGGAGUGUUUCACGACCAACGACAGAUAUCUCGCCUCGCGCCCCUUGUUGACAGCCCCCAAGCUUUUGGGCUACAACUAUGCCAUGUUGGGCUUCGCACCCUACGGCGACUACUGGCGCGAGGUGCGGAAGAUUGCAACCUCGCAUCUCCUAAAACCCCACAGGGUUGAUUUUUUCAAAGAUGUGUGGGAGUCGGAGAUCCGCGAAGGAGUAAGGGUACUGUACAAGCAGUGCACAAGCGACCAUGCUCGAAAAGUGCCCGCCAACCUAUCAGAGUGGUCGGCUGAUAUAAUGACGAACGUGAUGGUUAGGGUGGUAGCUGGGAAGCGUUACUUCGCCUUCUCUGGCGAAUUCCCGGAGACCCAAGUGAGGCAGUUCCAAAAGGCCUUCAGGCGGCUUAUUGAAUUGGCCGGUGCCGUCGUGCUCUCGGAUGCAGUUCCCUUUCUCGGGUGGAUGGAUAAUUUCCAAGGGCAGGCGAGGGGGAUGAAGCAGGUAAACAAGGAGCUGGAUGUUGUCAUUGAGCAGUGGCUCGAUGAGCAUCGCCAGGACCGCAAGAGAAGGGUGAAAAGCGAGGACGAGGAGGAUCUAUUCGAUAAGAUGCUUUCCCUCCAGGAGAAAGGGCAGCUCAUGAGUGACCCAUACACUCCAGAUACCUGCAUUAAGGCGACAUGCCUGGAAAUUAUGAUAGAUGGUUUCGAAACAACAGCGACCAUGUUGACUUGGGCCAUAGCAUGCCUCAUGAACCAUCCUGAAGCCCUCAAGAAGGCCAGGGAAGAGCUGGACACCGUCGUGGGUCGUGACCGUUUGGUUGAUGAUUCUGAUAUCCCUAAGCUUCCAUAUCUACAGGCAGUAGUGAAAGAAACAGCCCGCCGGUACCCGUCUGGUCCACUCUUGAGCCCACGGGAGGCCACUGAGGAUUGCACCGUGGCUGGAUACUACAUCUCGAAAGGCACUCAAAUUAUGGUGAAUGCAUGGAAGGUUCAACACGACCCCAGGGUCUACAAAGAGCCAUUUGAAUUCCGUCCUGAGAGAUUCCUCACCGAUAAUGCCCAUGUGGAUCUAAGAGGCCAGAACUACGAGCUCCUCCCUUUCAGUUCAGGGAGGAGGUCGUGCCCAGGCAUGUGGCUGGGUACUAGACUCGUUCAACUGUCUCUGGCCCGUCUCAUUCAUGGUUUCGAGUUCGUGAAUCCAACCAAUAAACCGAUUGACAUGACUGAGGUUCCGAGCUUGAGCCUCGCCAAAGCCACUCCAGUGGAGAUUAUAUUGAUUCCUCGUUUGGACGCUGCUGUGUAUGCUGUCUAAGGUAUUACAUGAUGAAUGUUUUUACCCUUUUCAUGUUUUUUAUUUUUCUUUUGGUUUGUUGUGCGUGAAAACUGUGGCUACGAAUGUUAUUUUAGGAUACUCUGGUAAAAUAAUUUGGGCAUAAUUAUCUUUGCAAGAUAAUUAUCUACGAAAAAUAAAAUGUAUUGUUGUGGCGUACGUCUCACUACUUUAUCCAUUUAUAUU